CUGGACUCAGAAGUGCUCCGGCGGUUCAGAGUGACGUUUAAGGAUCCUGUAGGAGAGCAGCAUUGGGCCCUCCAGACUCGAAACAGCAGCUUGCCUCAAGGGCUCUAGCCCGCCAAUAGGAGUUCCCUUCUGGGGUAUGUCCCAGUAGCUCAGAGCGGCAAUGCUACGGCAUUGCCCCAUCCCCGGCUUCACCACGGCCGGCCCCCGGAAAAAGAGCGCCCUCAAGGCUCCGGCAGGCCCCGGCCUGGAGCUGGAAGAUGCCAAGGAGGAGAGCAAGGAGCCCCUCACCCAACACAAAGUGCUCAAGAUCUUCAGCAUCAACAUCAUCGCGCAGGGGCUGCCCUUCUGCCGCCGCCGGAUGAAGAGAAAGUUGGACCACGGCCCCGAGGUCCGAUCUUUCCCUUCAGGAAAGAAGCCGUGCAAGGGCUCGGAGUAUCCGAGCCCCACGGGGCUUGUCCCGUACUCGGCCACACCCACCACCUUUGGACACCUACGAGCGGCCAAUGGACAGGGGCAGCAGCGACGGCGCAUCACUUCCAUCCAGCCUCCGAGUGGCCUGCAGGAAUGGCUGCGGACCUUCCAGAGCUGGAGCGGCACGGAAAAGCUGCUGGCGCUGGACGAGCUCAUCGACAGCUGCGAGCCCACGCAGGUCAAGCACAUGAUGCAGGUGAUCGAGCCGCAGUUCCAGCGCGACUUCAUCUCCCUGCUGCCCAAAGAGCUGGCCCUCUACGUGCUUUCCUUCUUGGAGCCCAAGGAUCUGCUGCAGGCCGCUCAGACCUGCCACUACUGGCGCAUCCUGGCUGAAGACAACCUGCUGUGGAGGGAGAAGUGCCGGGAGGAAGGUAUCGACGAGCCCUUGCAUAUCAAGAGGAGGAAGGUGAUCAAACCUGGCUUCACGCACAGCCCCUGGAAGAGCGCCUACAUCAGGCAACACAGGAUAGACACCAACUGGCGGAGAGGAGACCUGAAAUCUCCCAAGGUGCUUAAAGGUCACGACGACCAUGUGAUCACCUGCCUUCAGUUCUGUGGCAACCGCAUCGUUAGCGGCUCGGACGACAACACGCUGAAGGUGUGGUCGGCAGUCACAGGGAAGUGCCUGAGGACGCUGGUGGGUCACACGGGCGGAGUCUGGUCGUCCCAGAUGAAGGACAACAUCAUCAUCAGCGGCUCAACGGACCGAACGCUGAAGGUGUGGAAUGGCGAGACUGGGGAGUGUAUCCACACGCUGUACGGCCACACGUCCACGGUGCGCUGCAUGCACCUACAUGAGAAGAGGGUGGUGAGCGGCUCGCGGGAUGCCACACUGCGGGUCUGGGACAUCGAGACGGGCCAGUGCCUGCACGUGCUGAUGGGCCACGUGGCGGCGGUUCGCUGUGUGCAGUACGACGGGCGGCGCGUGGUCAGCGGGGCCUACGACUUCAUGGUGAAGGUGUGGGACCCCGAGACAGAGACCUGUCUGCACACGCUCCAGGGACACACCAACCGCGUGUACUCCUUACAGUUCGACGGCAUCCACGUGGUGAGUGGCUCCCUGGACACAUCGAUCCGCGUGUGGGACGUGGAGACAGGGAACUGCAUCCACACGCUGACGGGCCACCAGUCGCUCACCAGCGGCAUGGAGCUCAGGGACAACAUCCUCGUCUCGGGCAACGCCGAUUCCACCGUCAAGAUCUGGGACAUCAAGACGGGCCAGUGUCUGCAGACCCUGCAAGGUCCUCAUAAACACCAGAGCGCGGUGACGUGCCUACAGUUCAACAAGAACUUUGUGAUCACCAGCUCGGACGACGGCACGGUAAAGCUGUGGGACCUGCGGACGGGCGAGUUCAUUCGCAACCUGGUGACGUUGGAGAGCGGUGGCAGUGGUGGCGUGGUGUGGCGCAUCCGCGCCUCCAACACCAAGCUGGUGUGUGCCGUGGGCAGCCGGAACGGCACCGAGGAGACCAAGUUGCUGGUGCUGGACUUCGACGUGGACAUGAAGUGAGCAGGCCCCCAAAAUGGGCCCGACACACGCAGCUUUCGGACACGGGGCGGCCCACCCCCCCACCCCCCCCGCCUCAUCCGUGCUCGCAUCCAAGCUCAUCCCGCAACUCCUCAACUUCCUCCUCCUCUCCCCCCCUCCCCCCAGCUGCUGCAAAGGCGCUAGGCCCCGACCUCUUGGAGGCCAGUGGGGUAUAUGUGUUUGGGGGGUUGGGGGCGGGGCUCAUCACACGCUGAUGUCACAGAGAGGUGGAGCCUAAAGGGAGGCUGGUUCAUGACAGGGGAGCUGGUGCCCCCCCACCCCCCACACAGAGACUUGUUUGCUCAAGCCUGACGCUACCAGUUCAGUGUAUAAAUGUCUAUCCCCCCCCACAUCAACAGCAAAUGCAGGUUAUGGACUCACCGCUGUAUAGAAGGAAACCAGUGUCUUGUAAGAAAUGGUAAAUAGUGUAUAAAAAUAUUAAAGAUGAUACCUUAACAAACAAAAAAAACAAAAACGAAAGAGAUUCUUACUGGCGAAACAUUGAGCAGAAUCACACAAGCAGCUUUUUGGUUUUCAGGCCGGGGGGUGCCUGGUUUGUGUUUCGUUGGUAUUUUAAUUCCAUCAUUCGUUUCCUGGUUUGAACGGUGCAGAAACGACUGUGAAUUUCAGUUACUUUGUACAUUUGAUCAGUUCAAUGAACGAGUUUUUUUUUUUUUCUGCCUACUGUUGCCAACAACAAUCGGUCCCAGUAUUAACCUCUCUCUCUCUCUCUCUCUCUCUCUCUCUCACACACUAUUCUGUCUCUUUUUUUUGGAGGGGGGGGUCUUAUCGAAAGCUAAAUCUCGAUAGGCAAGAUGUCCCGAGUCUUUGAAGAGUCUGGCUGGGUUAGCUCCUCAACACUGGUGCUAUGUUGGGGACGGGCUCCUGUCCCCCCACUUCCCAGUACUGUGUUCCCAGUGGCCAAACUUUACCUAUGCUGCUAAUGGAAGAGAAAAGGUGGAUGUUUAAUCGCUGCGACGUUUUAGUCCCAGACUAAAUUCCAAAUUAACUAUAGUUUGAACUCUUGACAUGAGCGCUGCGUGAGCGACGGCUGACUCUGCUGCCACUGGAACCCAAGCCAGGUGUGCCUCUGAGUGGUGUCAAGGAGGGAACGGACAGACGGAUGACAGACAGACAUGGGGCUGCCUGCAGCAGGAAAGGACAAGGACUGAGCGAACAUUACUGUUUUAGGGUGUGUGUGUGUGUGUGUGUGUGUGUGUGUGUGUGCACAUACAUGUGUGCAACAAAUUGUAAACACAUUCCUUAGGACAAAGUUCUUUCAGCCUGUCUUGGUGGGGGACUCCAUUCUAAAGGGGUGGUGGAAAGGGACAAAGGGGGGGGGGGGGAGUGGUAAAUGUCAGGCAAGUGGAUUUUUAAAUUUUGAAACAAUCGCCGUGCCGACGUACAAAUGAACAUCACUCAACCUUAAGUUAGAGUGGAAGUGCCCCGACUUGCAAAACGCAGACAGAUGUGUAAGAUGUCCGCUCAAAAGGCUCCUGGGGUCAGAGGUCGGCAAUGCAUGAGGUCGGUCGUCUUCCUCGAAGCAGACCCGGCUCUGGGUGCAUCUGCUUCCUCGAUGAAAGGGCGGGCCUACAGGGAAAGGUGAUAGUGUAGCCAAAUGAUUUGUCUCAUUUUCCAAGAGUACACGACUCUAGCUGAACUGUGAAAGUGGCAUAACACUGUAUAUUAAACAGUCUUGUUCUCUCUCUCUCUCUCUCUUUCUCCUCCCCCCUCUCUUCCCCCGUUUAAUUUAUGAUCUGGUUUAAGAAAUCAGAUGUUACCGGUGGAUUUAUUUUCCAGUUUUAUGUAACUGCCUGCCGUCACAGAGGGAAAAAAAAAAACGCGUAUGGGAUUGUGUAUUGUUUGAUUCACUUAGAAUUUUUAUUUUCUUAUAACUUAUAAGUGCAAUAAAAAGUGGGUUUUUCUUUUUCCAUA